GGCAGAUAUACCGGGACAAUUCGAGAACAUAUGGAGAAAAAAUAACUCUACUUGUUAAAUACAUGAUAGAAAGAAGACCUUAAAGAUACAGCCAUACUCUCUCCACGAGUCUUCUCCCGAACUUCACCGAUAACCAACAUUAUAAAUCACCAUGCCAAAUCUUACUCUCGGAAAGGGCGCAUCGCCCGCAACCAGAUCCCGCAAUACAGCUAUCCUAAGCAUGUUCGCCGUGAUCGGCGGGACUUGGCUCGCCUUUCGGUCGCUAUCACCUCAGAGAAGCCAAGCGGCGGUGUCAGAGGGUGAUCGACAAGCCAUAGAUGGCGAAAUCAAAUUAGGACGCCCAGAAGUCGUUUCAGAAGCCGAUCGACAAACGAUGAAGGGCGGCGAACCUGGCGAGAAUAAGAUCGGACGUGCGCCGCAUAAAGGGCUUACGACGCCUUGACAUAUAUUUAUCAAGUCUUACAAUCGACACUGUUGUUUUUGGUUUCUACUUUUAUAUGUACGUAAAUAAAUAAUGCCGAGAAAAGCAAUGGAGAUACGCAUUAUAGGGUUUA